GAGGAAACCUGUGAAGUCUAUUAACCGUGUCUGUGAACAAAAUUCAAGUCGUAUUUCAGGUCUGAUGAUUGGCUGCAGACAUGUUCAGUAAGAAGAAGAAGCAGCGCAUUCAGAUCUCCGCGCCCUCAAACUUUGAGCACCGUGUGCACACAGACUUUGAUGAGCAGGAGCAGAAGUUUGUGGGGCUGCCGCGUCAAUGGCAGAGCCUCAUCGAGGACACGGCCAAGAGGCCCAAACCCUUCAUCGAUGCCACCGUCAUCACCAAUGUGGAGCCCCGCAAGACGAUAGUGCGGGGCAGUAAGAUUGGAGUGGAUGGCUCUCUGACGUGGUUGCUGGACGAGUUUGACGACAUGUCAGUCACUCGCUCCAACUCGCUGCGGCGAGGGAGCCCCCCAAUCCAGCCCCGCCGUGAGUCAAGCUCCUCGGGAGGAGGGCAGGAGAACGGAGAACCCACACACCGGCAGCACAGCCAUAUAGACAGACACGGAGACGGCAAAGACAGGGAGAGACUGCGACAAGAUCGACUCAGUUCUGACCCAAGGGUGCCCCACGGGCCUCCCCGCGCUUCACGGGAGGACGGCAGACCUCACCAGCAGCCCCGUGGCCAGGAGCCCAGCAGACACAAGGAACGAGAGCGGACCGGACCUCCCCCUGGACCGCCCCAGCACAGAGAACGGGACCCACGUGAACACUACGACCAGGUCGUUCACAGGCCAGGACCGAGCGACAAGAGGCCGAAAUCCAGCUACACGGGGCGAGAUAGCAGCCCCCAGUCCCCCAGGGAUAAGAGACCACUCUCUGGACCCAAUAUCCGCACCCCCAACCUGCCUGUCACUGAGGGCGUGAUGAAGACAGCACAGCAGACCGGGCGGCCCUUCAACACGUACCCCCGCACAGACAGUGACACACCCAGGAGUCCUAGCAGUCAGGACGCGAAGCCAGGCCGACCACACGAAGCCUCGCACCACAACGGUCCCUCCAGCGCAGCCGGCCGGGUCGAAGGGAAGCAUGGUUCUGGCCCAGUCCGAGGAGACACCCAACAGCACCACGCCUCCCAUCCAGCCUUGGGUCCGGAGCCUCCACAUCCGAGCCAUCCUCCCGUGCCUAGACAGCCAGCGCCUGGCGCCCCGCCCGUCCCACAGCAGCAGCAGGCCCGCUCUCCGCAGCGGGAGCCCCAGCGGGUGUCCCAUGAGCAGUUCCGCGCCGCCCUACAGAUGGUGGUGGAUCCAGGGGACCCGCGGACGUACCUUGACCACUACAUCAAGAUUGGCGAGGGCUCCACCGGCAUCGUGUGCAUAGCCACGGUGAAGAGCACCGGCAAGUUAGUGGCAGUGAAGAAGAUGGACCUGCGGAAGCAGCAGCGCAGAGAGCUGCUCUUUAAUGAGGUGGUGAUCAUGCGAGACUAUCACCAUGAAAACGUGGUUGAAAUGUACAACAGUUACCUAGUGGGGGAUGAACUGUGGGUUGUCAUGGAGUUCCUGGAAGGUGGCGCUUUGACUGACAUCGUUACACACACCAGGAUGAAUGAGGAGCAGAUAGCCACCGUGUGUUUGUCUGUGCUCAGAGCUCUGUCUGUGCUGCACAGCCAAGGAGUCAUCCACAGAGACAUCAAGAGUGACUCUAUCCUGCUCACGCAUGACGGCAGAGUGAAGCUGUCAGAUUUUGGCUUCUGUGCCCAGGUGUCUAAAGAGGUCCAGCGGAGGAAGUCUUUGGUGGGGACGCCGUACUGGAUGGCCCCAGAACUCAUCUCCAGACUUCCUUAUGGACAAGAGGUGGAUAUUUGGUCUCUGGGGGUGAUGGUUAUUGAGAUGGUGGACGGCGAACCCCCAUACUUUAACGAGCCUCCUCUGAAAGCUAUGAAGAUGAUCCGUGAUAACCUGCCCCCCAAACUCAAAAAUCUCCACAAGGUUUCACCACUUCUGAAGGGCUUCUUGGACAGGAUGCUGGUGCGAGACCCUGCCCAGAGGGCCACAGCCAGCGAGCUGCUCAAACACCCUUUCCUCAGCAAAGCUGGCCCCCCCUCGUGCAUCGUGCCCCUAAUGAGGCAGAAUCGCAUGGGCUGAGGGCUGAGGUUGGGGGGGGGGGACAGGACCUGUCACCACAGGAGGUGGUUCCUCACACAGAUCCUCGUUUAGAGCUUAUUAAGCACCAACCUUCUCACUCUGAGCCAGGCC